CUCAUCUCCCCCAACCACCACCAUUACAUUCUCCUCCGCCCAGGACGCGACGUUGCGACACUUCCCAUCUCAAAAUGCAACAUCACCUUUGUCCGCUCCCACGUUUCCCAGUGCUUCACCCACAGCUUCUCUGAUGCCACGCGCACCUCGUCAUCCGCGGCUUUUCACUGGUCCGUGCUCGUCUUUGUGCCUGUGUCGAGGUCUGGUCUGCCAGUGCUCGGCUCCUGACACCGACUCCUGACCCGACCCCCCCGAACUCUCUGCUCCUGCUCCAUUUCCUCUCUUGUCCGGACUGCCCAGCCUGCUCACCUGUCCAUCCAAUCGCGGUGCAUGUGGGGAACUAGUCCCUUCCUCUCAUCAUGGCUGUGGCCACUACCAAUGGGGAUUUGCCCGGCCUGUGGGACGAAUCGAGACAGCUCGGCCAGCUGUUUAUGAUGGGCUUUGAUGGCACCUCCGUCACCGAUCAGGUCAAGGUCUUGAUUGAGAAGUAUCACGUAGGCUCCAUAUUGCUCAAGGCCCAAAACCUCAAAUGUGCCGUCUCCUGUCCUCGUGCGCGCUCGUCUAACUUACUGACACCGUGAUUUUAAACAGCUGCUCAACAGGCGACCCAGCUCGUGCUUGAUCUUCAGACUCUAGCCCGCCAGGCCGGCCAUCCGGUUCCCCUCUUGAUUGCUCUCGAUCAGGAAAAUGGCGGCGUCAAUAGUCUGUACGAUGAGGUCUACAUUCGUCAGUUUCCCAGUGCCAUGGGCUUGGCUGCCACCGGCUCGAAGAAAUUGGCAAAGGAUAUUGCCCGAGCGACAGCUCAAGAGUUGAAUUCGUGUGGGAUCAAUUGGAUCCUCGGCCCAGUGCUGGAUGUCCUGACCAACGCCAGAAAUCAGCCUCUUGGUGUUCGAUCCGUAGGCGAUGAUCCUCAUGAAGUCUCAGCAUAUGGCGUGGAAUGCAUCAAAGGUUACCAAGAAGGUGGAGUUGCGACCUGUGGCAAGCAUUUCCCUUCUUAUGGCAAUCUGGAAUUCUUUGGCGUCCCAGAUGAUGUGCCCACCAUCACAGACUCGUUGGAGAACCUGAGCCAGAGUGCGUUGGUCCCCUUCCGUGCGGCGAUUGCCCAUGGUGUCGAUUCAAUGAUGGUCGGCGGCGUUGCUAUGGCGUCUUCUCAAGUCAAUGUAAUGCACGCCUGUCUUUCGGAGCAGAUCGUUCGAGAUCUGCUGCGGCACGAAAUGCGCUUUGAGGGUGUGGUCGUCUCAGAGUGUCUGGAAAUGGAGGCUCUAAGCCGCAACAUCGGCAUCAGUGGCGGGACAGUCAUGGCCUUCAAGGCCGGCUGUGAUUUGAUCCUGACUUGCCGAACUUUGUCAGUCCAAGAAGACGCCAUCAAUGGCCUAACGGCGGGAUUGGACAACGGCAUGAUUGAAAGAUACCGAGUGCAAGAGUCAGUGCAGAGAAUACUCAACAUGAAGAAAAAGUAUACGUCCUGGGAAAGGGCGUUUGCGCCGGCGGGAAUUGAGAACCUCUCACGAUUGCAGCCCCUUCACACCAGCCUCUCAACUACCGCUUAUAACAAAUCAAUUACCGUGGUUCGAGACCAGAAACAUUAUCUGCCCCUGUCGAGAGUCAUUAAACCCGACGAAGAGCUUCUCCUUCUGACGCCCUUGGUCAAACCAUUACCCGCAUCCGCUCUAUUCCAUCUCUUGCAAAAUGAGGCGUCGACAGUCCCCCAUUUAGGGCGAAGUCCUAGCAUCGAUACGAAUACGUCGAUCAUGAGUGGAGAGCAAGUCUUCCGAGAACUUGGUCGAAUGCUCGCCCGGUAUCGCAACGGCAAAAUCUCUCACACCUCAUAUACUGCAAAUGGAGUGAGACCUCUCCAUGAGAACCUCUUGAACCGGGCUCGGGGAGUCGUGGUCGUUACGGCUGAUGCAGGGCGAAAUAUGUACCAAAAUGCAUUUGCAAAACAUAUCUCCAUGUUGUGCAAGCUGUCGGUCGGAGUGGAUGGCACUCCACGAGAAAAGCCAUGUGUUGUGGUUGCCGUCAGCUCACCCUUCGACUUUGCCUCGGACACAUCGAUCGGAACGUAUAUUUGCACCUAUGAUUUCACCGAGACUGCCCUGCAGGCAUUGGUCCAAGUACUUUAUGGUGAGCUUACCCCGUCGGGAGUGUUGCCGGGCUCAUUUAGCCAGAAGCCUCAGACUAGUCACACCAGACAGCAGUGGCUUGUGGAGAGCUUCAGCGAAGAUCGAGACUCAGCGGCAUUAGACGCGCUUCUUCUUCAAACCCAGAAUGAGCCUUCAGUGCACGCAGCAACGCUGAAAAACGCCCUGAGCAGCACUUUUCUGCUUCGUGAUCCGGAUGUGGAAGAGGCGCAUUUUGUGGUCAGGAAUAGCAGCACAAAAGAGUUGUUUGGGUUUUGCACCACAUAUUAUUUCAAGAACAGCGGCGUCGGGCAUAUCGGCGCCAUCAUUGUGGACCCUGCGCGCCGUCGCUUAUCUAUCGGGCACUCUUUACACGACCGCGCCGUGCGGGCAUUACUUCAGAAGAAAGGUAUCACCAAAUUCCAGCUUGGUGUCAGGUUUCCGCAUGUGUAUCUGGGGAUCCCCAGACUGGACCCAAUGGAAUACAAACGCCUGCGCCAAUGGUUUGCCAAACUCGGGUGGAACGUUUCGCUUUCGACACCCGUGGCCACCAUGCUGAUUCGCGACCUGUCAACAUGGAUAGCUCCUGAAGGACUAGCCCAGGCCCUGACGAAUCCCGAGGUGAAAUAUGAUCUGGUCCACGGAGCCGAGUACACCGAAGUGAUGAUGGAACAUCUCAAAAGAUGUGCGCGGACGGAUGUACGAGGCGUUUAUCAAAUGGCUCUGGGCAACAAAGAAGGCUGCCGCAUCAUUCGAGCCAAAAGGGCUUCUGAUCAGUCCAUUCUAGGAAGCAUUCUGAUGUGCCGAGCCGAGUCGAAGAUCGCCCGCCAUAUUCCGUCGCUGUACAAACAAGUUGGAACGGCGUGCUUGUCAUCCCCAGUUAUCUCGACCCUGUACAGCGACCGUGUCUCACUUUUCCAAGGCCUGGUCCUCCUGGGAAUACGCCAGGUCAAGAAGCAAGGCUUGCGGACACUGCUCCUGGAUUAUACCCGCGAAGACGUUUCAAUGAACGGCCUCAAGGCAUUGGGCUUUACAAUCAGCAACAGUUUCGAAGAGAUCUCGAGCGAUCCGGUUCACUGGACAAUGAUGUCCGCAACAUGAAUGGCAGGAUCGAACAGGACCACACAGUCACGUUUUACAGUAGCAUCGAGGUGCCCCCUACGCACAAUCGCAAGCGAUGCUGAGGCGGCUUAGCCAGGCGCGUCCACCAUUGACAGCGCUUGGCACAAAAGCAAUUGCAACUGCCGUCGCCUAGUCUCACCGCUGCCGCAAGGAUGUCUGAAUCCGGUCGAUGGGUCGAUCAUUCGAUCACAUGUCGGCGACAGGAGAAAAUGAAGUUAAGCGCCGACCCACUCAAUGGCGAUCCUCAUCUUACUCCCCUCCAGCCCUGAGCGGCGAGGCCCUCUCAAAAGUCGGCAGCCGGCCGUUGUCUCUCCACAACUAUACCACAGAGUUGUCUAUCUGCUGAUGCUGUCGUGGGAGCGGACGCCGAGGCUGUCGACUGGAAGCUCGCGUAAUCUCUGCCGCGAUUUGGUAGAAGAUCAGGGGACGCUCAUUGGGCGAAAGCGGACAUUGGAUGGCGCGCACUGGCCUGGGGCAAAUUAGUGCGAAAUGGCCGGAGGGGCUAGCUGCCCUGGAGCAAUACGGAGAGCACGGAGCAGAUCGUAUUAGGAAGAUAGAGUGAGUUUCUGGAAAAGGAAGCCUUAGGGCACAGCAGUUGCUAGACGAAGUCAAUCCCUGACAGGUACACUCUGUGCCAGCGGAAUUUCGGACUGGUUAGUGUCCAUGAUUCCAGCCAAGCGGACUCAGGCUUGCUCGGUGUCUCACACGAUCCACUAAGGCAGGUGGUCGUUUAGAGCGAAAACGUCAU